AUGGCUUCUACCGUGAGAUUAUGUAAACUGGUAGGUUUAUGGAAGGAUUACGAGAGCCAAAAACCACACUGGCGAGCAUUCUUCAUCUUGGCCUGCUUAAUAUUUUGCUUCAUACUACCAAGUAGUGUGUACAUUAUACUUUCACCGGAAAGCUUUACCACCAUUCUGAAGGCAAUAUUGGAACUAUUCUCUAUAACGUUGUUUGCCCUACGCAUUGGUGUCCAUAUAGUGUAUAGCUCAAUGUAUCAAAAGUGCUUCGAUAACGUCCAAUCCGUUCUAUCCGAGUUUGUGGACAGCCCAAACAAAGAAAUUCAGCAAAAAAUCGAACAUCUCCGCAAAUCGGCGGACUAUUUGAUCAGAUUCUAUGUCUCGGCCGUGAUGGUACAAGGUAUAAUAUACGGAAUAAUUCCAAUGCUCGUGACCAGUUUUAGAUAUCUGACCAACUCUGAGACUCUCAAACUGCCCGCAACCAUGAUCGAAGCAAAUUUCGUGUUCUUCGACCAAAAGUCACACUUUGCCAUCUGGUUACCUGUCAUCAUGACGUUAACUACGGUGCAGUAUAUGAUGGUAGCGGCUUUCACAGCGAACGAAUGUCUCGGUUGGAACCUGCUACAUCAUGUUUCCUGUCUAUUCCAUAUUAUCGGAAUGGAGAUCUCACAACUGGAUGGAUGUGUUGAUGCAGGUGUCUACCGGAGAAAGCUGGCCGUUAUCGUAAAGAACCACGAUGUUUGCUACAGAAGUGCUCGCCUCUUAGAACAAAUCUUCAGUCCUGUGAUGGCUCUAUUGUACUGUGCAUGUAUAAUUCAAACCUGUUACAUUAUGUUCGUCAUAAGUGCGACCGACGAUUUAAUGCUGAUCGGUAUAAUGGUGUAUGUGCUGCAAUACAUAGUUUUCUUGUUGUUUGCCUUUUCGAUGUUGGGUUCCGAGUUAACGGAAGCGAGUUCCUCAAUCACCAACGCAAUUUACAACACCAAAUGGUACGAAAGAGCCGCUCCAGAACAGCGUCUGGUACUGAUCAUACAGAGAAGAUCCCAAAAAAUGGUAACCAUCAGUGCAUCGAAAUUAUUUCCUAUUACACGAGUGACAUUUAUGACGGCCAUGAAGACGGCAUUUUCCUAUUUUUCAAUCAUGGUUCAGCUUUAUACCAGUGAUUAA